AUGCUUCUCCAAACUCAGGAAUUAUACGAGAAUGCCUCAGCCGAUCAUGUGGCCAUCUUCGUACGUGUUUCCAAUGCAAUUAACAUCGAGGAUUCUCCAGACUGUGCCAAUUCGUCCGAAAUCCAGUUUAAUUACCAAUGCUCCAGCAUCUUCCCUUCCAACUUCGACUCCAAGUCCUUGACGUUCUGCCAACCCCCUUCUGGUCCAAAGAACGGAGGAGGCCUCUUUGAAGCAAAAUCGCUUCCCAGCCGUCACAUAGCAAGUCUCGAUGAUGAGCUGGCAAGAUCCUCUCUCCCCAUUACUCCCAAACUCAAGGCAACCAGCAUCAGACACAUGGCCUUAGAUAGCCUUGAUUCUUUCGCCAUGCCUCUGCCCUUCAGUCUGGCCAGUCAGGCCGAUGGAAUGGUCAUCUUGGCGUCAUUACAUUGGCUCCGCGAACCCGCCCGCUUUCUGGCGAAGGUCGCCGAAGGAUGCCAUGAUAACACUAAGCCGAAGACUCCGCCCACAGUCAUGGUUUAUGGUAGGUCAAUUUGGUAUCUUCAAGGAGAUUGGCGUCUUUAA